CAACCGCUUCCUCGGCAGCGAUGGUGAUCGACUGUGCUCAAAAAAGAGGCCGACGAAUUCGCUUCACACCGCAAGUUUAAUGGUUGUCAUCGCGCCCUAAAACAAUUGAAAAAUUGUUCGUGUUUCGAUAGUUUCUCGCGUUUGGAGGUUAUUCUGUUAUCAAUGCCCGACACUGGGGCUGUGUGUUUACGGUGCCGAGAGUGAUUUUCUUCUGUGGUGAAUGAAAAAUGAUGGAAACUCAGGAAGCAACAUCCGCUACCAAUAUCAACAACAUCAAUAGCAGCAGCAGCAGUAGCAACAUCAUUGACGCGAUAAAUCGGCGAGCGGCAGGAGGCGGUGGAAGCACUAAUGGCCGGAUAUCGAAUUCGGGAAUGGCGGGCACCCCGCAGUCCCUGGGUGCCCUCUGUCGCAUUUGUAUGUUAGAUGGGCGCCCAGAAGAUGGCCGCUUACCUUUGGAAUCUCUUUUCCGGACGACGGUGGAAUCGAAGACGCUUUAUUCGAUGUUGGUCAGCGUUUGCUCACCGCUGGCGCAGGUCAACAACGACGGAAUGCCAGAUAAAAUAUGUACGGGGUGCAAGGCGAAGUUGGUGCAGGCUUACAAACUUUACGAAAUGUGUAUCAAAAGUGACGAAAGAAUUCGGAAACUUUUGCAAGUGCAGGCACAACUUGGAGGAGUUCAGGUAAAACAGGAAGUGAUAGACGAUGAUGACGACGAUGUGGAACUAUCAAAUGUCGAGCUGUAUUAUGAUGGCCAAGUUAAACGAGAAGAUCCGUACGAGGAUUACUUCUUUGAUGGCGGGUUCUAUGGGGCUCCGUUGGCUCAAACUAUCCACAGCACUCCGAACUUGCGGAUACAGUCAGUGCGGAAUGGACCGGAAGUGUUGGUGCAGCUACAAGAACAUAAUUUCCCAACGAUCUUGACUCCGCCAAAACCGGCUUUUCAAUGUGAGAAAUUCGUAAAGGUCACUCCUAAAGGACACCACUGCACUCUGUGUGGUAAAGAUUUUAAGUAUUUCAGCUACUUCAAACAACAUGCUCUUGCUCAGCAUGAUCCAGAAAAGCCCUUCAAGUGCUCUCAAUGUAAGUACACUUUUAAAUCUGAGCAGCGAUUGUUUAUUCACAUGCGGACCCACAUGGAACCGGAACUUCCGCUUGUCCCUGAAAGUUCGAUUGUUCCAGAAACGGAAUUACUUGAAGCCGAACCAGAUUUGGAUCUGGACCACACCGACGACUUGGACGAAGAAGAGAAAAAAGAUUUAGAUAUCUCCAUUAAUCCGGAUACGGGAGAAAAGGUUUACAAAUGUCUAAUCUGCCAGAAGCAGCUGACCACUUUGCCACUGUACCAACGGCAUCGAACGGUUCAUACCAUUAGAGGACGUCCCUUCGAAUGUGGAAUUUGUCAUUACCGCUUCGCUAUGAAAUUCAGCUUCAAUGCUCAUAUGCUGCGACACGAACAAGGCAAGGAUCCCGCUCAGCCUGCUUCUUACAAAUGUACCGAAUGCGAUGAGGCGUUCCCAAAACGGAAGCUUUUGAACAUUCACAUGGUAGCAGAGCACGACAACAAUUCGGAUGAUCCGCCGCCACCGCUGAACAAAACCGCUCCCGCAGCCAUCUUGACCGCUAGCAUUAUCGAUGGUCGCCAUGGCCAUGCCUGUCCAAUUUGUUCCGAAACAUUCAACCGCGAAUCGGUUCUCAACAAUCAUAUGAAAACACACGAGCUGGAAGCUGCCCAAUUGAAACAUUCAGAAGUAUGUUACGCCUGCACCGUUUGCGGUGUAGAAUGUGAAUCACGUGAAUUAUUCAACAACCACAUCAAAACCCAUCCUGACUUCCAACUUCCGAAAGAGUCCGAUGCAGUCGAUGUUAGCGACGAUGAGCAAACACCGCAGAACGGAUCGGAAGACCCCCUCAGCAUUACGCCAAAACAGGAUGGAAAACCCGCUGUCCGGUGUGAACUUUGCCACAAGACAUUCCCCUAUGCGUGCAAUCUGAAACAGCACAAAAUCAUCCACCAUUCGGAGCUGAAACCGCACGAGUGUACGGUUUGCCACUAUCGGUUUGAGUAUGAGGGUACUUUGCUGCGACACAUGCAGAAACAUUCCAAAUCGGAACAGAAUGUCACCGCCGUGCCACCUUCCCCUGCUGCACCCCUCAACCCAGUCGACGAAGUGAAGAAGGCUCCUCCCGGAGCUUCGCUCGUUUACAAAUGCAAACUUUGCUCCGCUCGGUUCCAGAAGCAAAAAUCGAUGGCCUGGCAUUUGAAAACCCAUCGCUCGAUCGUGGCCAAUGAAGGCAGCACCGUUCAGGAGUUGGAGCAAAGUCUCCACUCGCCGACAUCGAAGAGCGGCAGCAGCGUGGGAGGACCACAGGCAUCGUCUUCCCCGGUUGCGUCGGCAUCCGAUGGAUCAUCGCAAGCGCAAAGCGCAUCGGCCAGUGCCUUUGCCGCCAAGUUGGACUUGAAGCCGCAUUCGUCGACUGUCAGCAAAACUGGCUCCCCGAAAAUGUACAAGUGCGGUUAUUGUCCUCAGAACCUUGACUCAGAGGAUGCAUAUAAUCAACACCUGAAAGGUCAUCGCGUGCGAGCAGAUCCCUCAGAUCCUUUGCAAGAUGACAGCGAAAGUCCUCCGCUAAAAAAGAAGCGCUCUUGGGUGCGGUCAGGAGAGCACCAUCGAUGUCACCUGUGUCACAAAGUAUUCACCUUCCGCAGUCAACUGCAGCAACAUACCGCUUUGCACCACCAACCUGGAAAGCCGUAUGAAUGCGGUAAAUGCCACUACAGCUUCGUGCACAAGCUGAACCUCAAGCGGCACGAACUGACCCAUUUAGAAGAGGAACGGCUAGCCAAUGAGGAGGAAGAAGAUCCCAUCAAACUGCUGGAGGAUGAAAACUUCAAUGCGAAUCUAGAGGAGAUGGUCGAACCGGUUCUAGAAGAAGGACACACAAGCAAUCGGGACGGCGACAGCGAACCACGAACGACGAGUGGGGAGACAACUGGGCCUACAAAACGUAACAAAUGUGUGGUUUGCUCGGCGUUGUUCCAACGGGAGGAUCAGCUGAUCGAACAUUUGAAGACGCACAUCGAGCGGAUCAAAACAACCAAGCAGGAAACGCAAACCGCCAAAAAGAUAUUCAGCGACGAUAGCGAUCGAAAGUGCAAACUUUGCCAAAAGGUUUUCAAGUUUUCCUGCCAGCUGAAGCAACACAUCCAGAUGCACCACUCCAAAGAUAAGCCGUUUGAGUGCAGCAUUUGCAAGUAUCGAUUCGAAUUUAAAGGUCAUAUGAUCCGCCACAAGGCGAACAACCACGCCGAAGAAGUGGCCGCCGAGGAGGCCGAAUCUGAUGAGCUCCCUUCGAAGAUUACCACACCCGUCGUCGCUUCGGACGGUUCCGAAGUUUAUCAGUGUCCCGUUUGUCCGAUGAACUUCGUCAAACAAAGAUCACUGACCUGGCAUCUGAAAACACACUCCGGGCGGCGACCAAAACAGGAACGGGACGACGGGUAUCCGUCGACAUCGUCCGGCGAAAUAAUGCAGUGUCGUUUCUGCUCGCGCACGUUCCGCGAUGUGUACGAGCUCAAAGCUCACAUGGCUUCGCAUGUCGGGGCCAGCCAAAAUACUUCUGCGGUCGAUUCCGAGCACUCUCUUUUUGGUUCUGGGUUGGAAAUGAUGCUGCAGGACUUCCCGGAUACGAUGGAGAACCACGGCGGUGAUCCAUUGUUCGAUGCCUCGAAUUUGGAGCUCGUGCUGGAGGAUGGAUUCGGCAACGAUGACCUUGCGUUCGAUGUGCGCUACCAUGAUACACCUCCUCUUCCACCUGCCAAGCGGAGUCUUCCGGCGAACGAGAACGUAAACUCAGUUUUCGACAUUGCGGAACCUGGUUCAUCAACUACGCCAGCCAAGGGGAAAAUCGUUUGCGAGUUAUGCAAAAAAGACUUCCUCUAUGCCUGUAAUCUAAAACAGCACAUGCAGUUGCAUCACGCCAAGGAGAAACCUUUCGAGUGUAAGAUCUGCUUCUAUCGGUUCGAGUACAGUGGGCACCUGGUGCGACAUGUCCGGCAAAACCACGACAGCCAGGAAGGAGCAAUGGGAGAAACGAAUGAAAAAAGCUUCGUUUGCACUUUCUGCUCGGAGCUAUUUGAAUCCAAGAGUCAACUAAAUGGUCAUAUCUACCAUAAUCACAGAGGCGAAAAACAGUUCAAGUGCGAAUUUUGCCCAGCGUCUUUCUCAUACAAAAAAUCAUACGACACGCAUCGGGAAGACCAUCACUCAAACAAAAGAUCAGACUCCGACUCGACUGCAACUGCAUCCACAUCUAGCGGAACUGCUACCCCGUCUAGUUUCUCCUGUAACUUCUGCAAGAAAACAUUCAGCUCGGCACAAAAAGUAGACAACCACGUAUGUUUCCAAUAGGGACGAGCAAAGGGCCGGUGCCGAUCAAAUGAAGGAUUUCGCCAAAUCCUUCACAUUUGUCCCAGAGAUUAGUUCAAUAGAAAUUCACAUUUAAUUGUAACAAAACAACACAUCCACACAUUACAUAACAAACACAUGAUGUAAGCCACGAACAACUAAUUUAUCAUGUAGAACUUCCUCUCACUUGCUAGCUAAAGCACUGGGGCGAUAGAAAUCAAACACGUGUUUUUAGAACGAUAGUCGACAAUUCUCGAUAAAAAGUAAGCUAAAAGUAUCUCCUCUGAGAUAUUAUACAGUACACAAUUGGAAACGAGCGCAGUUAAGCUAAAACAAAGAAUUAGAAUGUUCUUUUUUUAAUUAGUGUAUACCCCUAGCAGUUAAGCCAUAUUAGUGUUUAUUGGUAUAUAGCGUUUUUUUAGAUCGUUCAAAAUAUAUUUUAAAUUCCGCCAUCAGCGACGUUCCGUCUUUUUCGAUCCCCUGUUUACUUUGGAGCUCGGUUUAUUCGAUAUACUUCGACGUACUAAAAACACAGAACGUAAUCACCCUUUCGCUUUCAAGGAAGUUGAAUUUAUUUAUAUUUCAUGUUCACAUUAAUCACAAGUUUAUUUUUAGGAUGAUUUUUUUCAUACAAAACUAGAUUUUUUCGAGUAAAACCAAUUUUGUGAUGUGUUUCUUUCAUCCUCCCGUUUUAUUAGUUGCAACUAGCGAGUAGUCGUCGCCUUUUAUUGUCGAAGUGCUUUUCAGUCACAGGUAGCAAGUAAAACCCUAUUUUGUUUUUCGAUAAGAGUUUGUGUCUUUUAGUUGAUACCCGAAUAAAAAAGUCCAAUAGAAUUACAAUAGAAAUUAUUGUAACAAUACAAUAAAUUUAAUUGUAAUUACAAUAAACUCAAUUGCUGCUCACAAUAUAAUAACAAUUGAGAAUAUUGUUUUUCACCAUAAAUCCUAUUGUAAAUGGGAGUUUUACAAUAGAAAAUAGGGGUUGUUAGUUACCGUAACAAUAAAAAAAUCGUUUAUUUCUCGAAUAAAUUUUUGCCAUUACAAUAGAAUUUAUUGUUAUUCUAUUGUCAACAUUUCUCUGUCAAUAGAUUUUAUUGAAUGUUUAUUGGAACAACAAUAAGGCAAUUUAAUUGAUACAAUAGAAGAACAAUAGAAAAGAAUGUUCAUCAAUAAAAUGUAUUGUAAUUUUAUGAUAUUUUAAUGUAAUUCUAUUGUAUUUUCUAUUCGGGUAGAUAAGUAACGUUCGGAUUGUGUUUUCUAACCUUCCCUGGAUCGGAAAUAAUUUGAUUCGCAAUGUCGAUAGCCGAAUUUCAAACCACUUGAAUUAAGGAUACACAAAUAUUAUUAUUAUUACACUAUUAUUGAAUAUAGAACUAACCGUUACGAUUAUAAAGAAUGACAGCAAAAUUAUCAAAGUAACAACAAAUAAGCCCAACAUAUAAUAAAAUACGAUUAAAUUACUGUA